AUGAACCUCAAUCAGCAGCCUCGAGUCUAUCCAGCUGUAUACAGUGGAGUAGGAGUCUAUGAAUGCAUGAUCAGAGGCAUAGCCGUCAUGCGCCGCCGCGCCGACUCGUAUGUAAACGCGACCCAGAUAUUGAAAGUGGCAGGAAUCGACAAAGGCAGACGUACGAAGAUUCUUGAGAAGGAGAUUCUGCCUGGCAAGCACGAGAUUGUUCAGGGUGGGUACGGCAAAUACCAAGGAACCUGGAUUCCUCUUGAUCGUGGACGUGACGUUGCUGCACAGUAUGGGGUGUCCGCCUUGCUUGCUCCGCUCUUCGACCAUGUCCCGAACCCUGCUAUGAUGGGCGCCAUGCCUCAUUUUGGUGGGCCACCGAGGGGACCUGGUGCAAUACCGGCGAUGCAUUUUCCGACACAUAUGCGUCCCCCGCCGCCGUACAUGAUACACUAUAUGCCACCCAACAUGGUUGGACGUCCGCCCAUGUUUCCGCCGGGGCCUCACUUGUAUCCUCCAUAUCAGCAAAUUCCUCCUGGUACGAAUGGGCAGCCUCGAAUGCCUCACCUCUACCCGCCGAUACCGCAUCCAUUCAUGCCUCCUGGCCCGGCACCCGCGAUGAACUUGACUGCUUCUGGUUCACGUACCUCAUCCACUCAAGCGACGAAUAGCUCUUCAUCUCUCAAAAGAUCGCGAGAGGAUGCCGAUAACGAUGCUGGUCCAUCACAGGACACCGACGUGACCAUGGUCAGUGGAGAAGGUGGUAGCUCCUCUGCCUCUCAAAGCGGCGUUGAUGCACCACCCUCUAAGAAACCAAGAAAGGAAGGCGAGCGUCUCAACGGUUUUGAAAUGAAUGUCGAUUCACUUGUUCCUGCGGCAAAUCCGAUCACAACAAUCGACCCAAAAGCCUUGUCGAAAAGUUAUCCAAUCAUCAAUUCGCUUCCAGAGACCUUUACUCCGGCCGAGGACGAACUACUCCCUCGCCCAAGCACUAGUUCUUCUAUGAAUCGGAUCCAAACACGAGCCGCAGUCCAAAGAAGCACUAAGCGAGCGCAACUCUAUGCUUCUAUACGGAAAGAUGACGCAGAAGCGGUAGUACGGCUCUUGUUAGAGUCACCAGAUGAUCCUAUGCUCGCUGGCGCCGAUCUAGAUGCCGUGGUGGAUGACAAAGGCCAUACUUCGCUGCACAUCGCCGCCGCUCUUGGGAAGAUAUCAGUUAUCGAAGCCCUCGUUUUACGAGGCGCAGACGUGCAUCGUGGCAACAACCGCGGUGAGACUGCAUUGAUGCGAGCGGUGCUCACCAACCAUCACUAUCAAGCACAAACAUUUGAGGAUCUUCUCAAGUUAUUACGACAAAGCCUUCGAACGAUCGAUGACCUUAAAAAGACUGUUCUCCAUCAUCUCGCGUUCGUGUCUGGGGCACUUUUGCGCGUUGCGGAAGCCAAUUACUACUUGGAGACUAUACUUAUGUGGGUAGGCAAACAUGAAGGCGGUCUAUUCAACACAAUUGUGGACCUGCCAGACGAAAAUGGGGACACCAGUCUGAAUAUCGCAGCGAGACUCGGCGCCAAGCCAUUUGUCAAGACUCUCCUCGCAUUCGGCGCGCGGUCGAACAUACCGAAUCGCUUUGGGCUGAGGCCCACUGACUAUGGACUCCUCGGAGAGAACAUAGAAGACGAUCUCGUCGAAUCCGCUCGUCCUGAUCCUGGUUUUGCGUCGACUCCUUUCCGAUCCAGCGAAGAAGUGCUCAAAGAUAUGAGCCAGCUUAUAAGCACAAUGACAGAGGAUCUUGCCUCAGAAAAGGCAGCCAAACGUGUGGAUUACGAACUUGUACAGGACAACCUCAAGUCGACGACCAAGCUGUUAGCCGAGAAGCGUAAAGAGCUUGAGAAACUUCGAUCAGACUCUCAGGAAGUCGAUGGCGUCGCGCAGAGGAUUUCCAAACUCACCUUACUUCGUGAUAACCCUGGUAGUUUUGACUGGCGUGGUCGAUUAGGCGCGGACGAGGUCAUGACCGCAUCUCCAUUCAAACCAAGACCAGUGCCUCCGAUAGAAAGUCCUCAAUUAUCAUCCAUGGAGAAGAGUGUCAGCCAAGCGCUCGCAAGUGCAAAUGACCUCGACUCGUUAAUUCUCCUGCGAAGAAUGAAGCUAUGGCACGAGCGUAUAAACUCUAUCCUGCAGCAACGACAAGCUUCCGCCAAGGAAGGUGGACUCGAAAAGGAACUACAGUACCGAAAGGUCAUCGCUCUAUGUACGGGCAUUUCCGCGGAUGAAAUCGACGAGAACCUUGAAGCAUUACUCGAAUCGUUUGCAAGCGAACCGCAAGAUCCUGGUCAAUCUCGACUCGCGGAUUUUAUGGACAAAACAAAGAUUGGCGUUGCAUGA